AUGUAUAGAAGCAUUUUUCCGUUUCUGUUGGUUACUCUCGCGGUUGCAGCUCCCACAUAUCCAGACCUUGAUCUCUUUCCAAAGUGCAAGGCUACCAAUGAUCCAGUCUACUAUGCAGCACAACAUCUCAAAGGCAAUCCCAAUGGCCUCAAGUACUGCUUAGAAAAGAUUUUGAAAGUAACUCCUAUCACACGCACGGUCGUUAUUGGAGCUACUAAGACUGCCAUGACCACAAAUACUGCUGAAAACUUGGUUACUGUCACGGGAGGCGAAUUGGGAGGAACCGUAACAGUCACGGCGGCUCCUGUCUCAGUCUCUGAGACAGAAACAAUUGACGUCUGCCCUGCACCAACCGUUGCACCUGUCAAAAGGUUUCUCAAGGGCAACCACGGCGAUUGCCCUAAUGCGCCUAUCCUUGGCUUUGCAUGCGAGCUACUCAGCUACGCCUGUAAUUGCUUGACGAUUCCGGCACCAACAGUUACGUCGACGGUCACCAGCACAAAUGCUAUCACUGCCACUGUAACUCAAACCAUCGACGUCACGACUGCUAUCCCGACAAUCGUUACCGAAACCCCAACUAUCACCGGAACCGAGACCGUCACUUCCACAGUUACGACCUGUGUCGCUCCAGCUCGGCCGACCGCCAAUACUUGCAGCCCAGCUACCACGUGCGGCAACGUCAACUUUUGCACUGGCAGCGACACGUGUAUCUGCUUGAUGGGCUCAGCUGGCAUCAGCGCAUGCGGUAACAUCGCCCUGGAUCAAGGCUGUGGAGCGCAGCAACCGUGCACUGUCGAUACCGACUGUGGACCCACCGAUAUUUGUAUUACAGCCUGCUGCGAUACAAAAAUCUGUUAUGCUACGUCCGGGUGUGCAAAUUUAGUGGCUCCAAGCAGGCUGUUCAGGAAGGAGGCGCAGGCGGGCGGACAGAGGGAGCUUCCUCCGUCCUUCCGUCCCCAAGGCGAUCAGGGCAUUUAA